AUGCACUGUGAGGUCCAUGCCAGUCAAGACAGAAUGGAAACUGUGCUGCAACAGCUGAUCCACGGUAAAGCUCUGCUCCUCAUCAUUAUUUUGGGAUUUGGCAGAAGCUUCCAUUCUGGCUACCACCUUACUGAACUGAGCUCUCCCUCUCCGUACAUACAGCGCUUCAUCAACAGCAGCUGGUACGACAGAUAUGAAGAGCCUCCACCACCACAGACGAUCACGAUGAUCUGGUCCCUCAUCGUUUCCUUGUAUCCUGUCGGGGGUCUCUUUGGCACCAUCAGUGUCAAAUUUGUCUCAACCAUGCUGGGGAGAAAAAAGGUCAUGAUCUGCAGCAGCUUUAUUGUCCUUGCUGCAGCAGGGAUCAUGCUGACAAGUAAAAGCGCCAAAUCAUACGAAAUGAUCAUUGUGGCAAGGUUCCUGUAUGGUUGCUCGACAGGUGUGGCAAUGAGCACCCAUUUAAUGUACCUGGCAGAGAUUUCACCCAGGAAGAUAAGAGGCACAGUGACUCUGACCUUUGCCACCUUCUCAUCAGUUGGCAAACUGUCUGGACAGUUCUUUGGACUGAGUGAGAUCCUUGGUCGUGAGGAGCUGUGGAACAUUGUCCUCUGUGUCCCUGCUUUUUUCUCAGUGGUUCAGAUUAUAGCCUUGCCUUUUCUUCCCGAGGCUCCCAGAUACUUAUUCAUAGAGAAAGGUGAUGACAAGGCUUGCAAAAAAGCUCUCCAGACUCUGUGGGGCCAAGGUGACUACAAAGCGGAGAUGGAGGAGAUGCUGGCCGAGCAGGCGGCCUUUGAGGCAGCCCCACGAACAGGCCUUCUGCAGCUCCUGAGGGACAAGACUAUCCGCUGGCAGCUUCUGACCAUGUGCAUCAUCUACAGCACCAACCAGCUGUCGGGCACGACUGCUAUCAGUACCUUCACGUUUGACAUCUUCCUGGAGGCAGGUAUACCGGAAGACAAGAUCCGCUAUGUCACUCUUGGUCUUGGGGUAACUGAAAUCCUCACCUACAUCACCUCUGGACUGCUGAUUGAUCGUGUGGGGAGGAGGACACUGUUCUGGGUGUGUUACGGUCUCAUGUCUGUCUGCUGGGUGUUGGUCACUGUAACGCUCAACCUGGAGGACUCCAUGAAUUGGGCUCCAUACGUUACCACUUGUUUGAUCAUCCUCUUCACCAUCCUCUUCUGCGGAGGACCUGGGGGAGCUUUACCCACUCUCAACAGUGAGCUCUUCACCCAGUCCGAUCGACUGGCGGCAUUUGUCCUCGUGGGGAUCCUUCGCUGGUCGAUGUUCACAAUUCUGGGCCUAGCCUUUCCGUUCCUUAUUAAAGCCCUGAACUCAUACAGCUUUGUGCUGUUUGCCUGCAUAUGCCUGCUGGGUUGUCUUUUCACCUUCUUCCUCCUGCCUGAGACUAAAGGGAAGACCCUGCUGGAGAUCUCCGAGGAGUUUAAAGCCAUCACCGUCUGUGGAAAAUCCUUCUCAGAGGAAGAGAGAAUGGAGAGCAGGUUUUAA